GUGUGAGAUUACUCACAAUCCUCCAUCCAUGAGUGCGGAAUCUCGCUGUAUCCUCUGAAGUGCUGGGGGAGGCCGACGACACGGACUACUCACACACCAGACAAAAAAGAUUAUAAAGUUAAUUUUGGGAAACAAGUUCUACCAUAGAGGGAACUGCGACUCGAGUAGGUUACCACAAGAACGUUUUGCCAUACAUUUGUGACUUGCACGGAUUGCCGACCGAAGUAGCGAGCGGAGUAAAAGUUUCCCCCCUGAUCUUUUCGCAUGGACACAAACAAAAACCAUACAGAUGGGAUUUUUAGGAAAAACUGGACAAAACAGGUCGAAACAUCGCUUGUUGAUUCCGUAAGUAAGCCGUGAACUAAAUACCUGUGCGAAAUCUUCACGAGAUCUUCAAGCACGCGCCUCCGCUGAGUGUAUUCACUGAUUUCAAACGAUUCUCGAGCGAGUUGAAAAAAAAAACAGUUUGUUAAAACAUCCUAAAACAAAAUAUUACGACUAAGGGAGAAAUGUGGAGUUUCUUCCAUUGACUUUCUGGAAGUGUUUUUUUACGAACUUCUAAAUCUAAUUUGGGAUUGAGUCUUUUUAAGAAAGGAUUUACUUCAGAAAGGACAAGUACUGAUGUCCUAGUUGUGUUUAUGGAGUGCUGGGUGGAGAGUUCAGAUGUAGUGGAUCUUUUAUCAUGAUGAUGACGAUGAAGACCAUGCUGCUGCUGAUCUCAGUGCUCCUUACUCAGACUCUUCAAUCACAGGGCAGACCCGCAACUCCAGAAGAAGCGGUCGCCCUUGUAGAGCCCACACCAUUCACUCUCUAUCCUGGGGACAAACUGGAGCUGGGCUGUAAAGGUAAAGAAGAAGCACAUGAUGUGACUUGGACUAAGGAUUUCAUUCCACUGGCUGACGGAGAGCACACGCGCCUACGAAACAAUCAACUGGAGAUCGAAGCGGUGGAAGUGGCCGAUUCUGGUCUGUAUGGUUGCUUUGCUCAGGGACCCAAUAGCAACCACACAGACUAUUUCAAUGUUAAUGUUACAGAUGGAUUAGCUUCCUCAGAGGAUGAGGAUGAAGAGGAGUCUUCCUCAGAGGAGACGAAGCUAUCAAGUAGCCAGAAACUGCUCCCGAUGGCCCCAGUCUGGGCCCAACCUGAUAAGAUGGAGAAGAAGCUCCACGCAGUUCCUGCCAGCAAAACUGUCAGGUUUCGUUGCCAGGCCAACGGUAACCCUAACCCAACACUCAAGUGGCUCAAGAACGGCAAGGAAUUUAAGAGAGACCAGCGAAUAGGAGGAUUCAAGGUUCGAGAGCACAUGUGGACCAUCAUAAUGGAGUCUGUGGUGCCGUCCGACAAAGGCAACUACACUUGUCUGGUGGAGAACAAAUAUGGCAGCAUCAACCACACCUACCAACUGGACGUAGUUGAGCGUUCACCACACAGGCCAAUCCUUCAGGCCGGGUUACCUGCUAACCGCACAGCCGUGGUGGGUACCGAUGUGGAGUUCGAGUGCAAAGUCUUCAGCGAUCCUCAGCCGCACAUUCAGUGGCUGAAACACAUUGAGGUCAACGGCAGCCGAGUCGGGCCUGACGGACUGCCUUACGUUCGGAUCCUUAAGAGCUCUGGGGUCAACAACUCGGACACACAGGUCUUGACGCUGUACAACGUGACAGAGGAACAAAGCGGAGAGUAUAUAUGUAAAGUUUCCAAUUAUAUAGGGGAAGCCAACCAAUCAGCAUGGCUCACCGUUACACAUCCCUCCCAAGCCGUUCCCCCGACUCAGCUGCCCAACCAGACUUACCUCGAGGUGCUGAUCUACUGCGUGGGCUUUUUUCUUAUCUGUGUGAUGGUGGUGACCGCCGUAUUGGCCAAAAUGCACAGCUCGGCAAAGAAAAGUGACUUCAACAGCCAGCUGGCCGUCCACAAGCUGGCCAAGAGCAUCCCCCUGCGCAGACAGGUAACAGUGUCUAUAGAUUCCAGCUCAUCAGGCGGGAUGCUGGUUCGGCCUUACCGUCUCUCCUCCAGUGGCUCCCCAAUGCUCUCAGGGGUCUCUGAAUAUGAAUUGCCUCAGGACCCACGCUGGGAGGUAGCCAGAGACAGGCUAGUUCUUGGAAAGCCAUUGGGUGAGGGCUGCUUUGGGCAGGUGAUGAUGGCCGAGGCUGUAGGCAUGGACAAAGACAAACCCAGUCGUGUCACCAAGGUGGCUGUCAAGAUGUUGAAAUCCGACGCCACAGAGAAGGACCUGUCAGACCUCAUCUCCGAAAUGGAAAUGAUGAAGAUUAUUGGCAAACACAAGAACAUCAUCAACUUGCUGGGAGCCUGCACACAAGACGGUCCACUUUAUGUGAUUGUGGAGUUUGCAUCAAAGGGUAAUCUGCGUGAAUACCUGCGUGUACGUCGUCCUCCUGGAAUGGAGUAUUGCUAUAACCCUGACCAGGUCCCUGUGGAGCACAUGUCAGUCAAAGACCUGAUCUCCUGUGCUUAUCAGGUGGCACGUGGCAUGGAGUAUCUCGCAUCCAAGAAGUGCAUACAUAGAGACUUGGCUGCCCGUAAUGUCCUUGUAACAGAAGAUAACGUCAUGAAGAUAGCAGACUUCGGCCUUGCUCGAGACAUUCAUCACAUUGAUUAUUACAAGAAGACUACCAAUGGUCGUUUACCAGUAAAAUGGAUGGCACCUGAAGCUCUCUUUGACCGCAUUUACACCCAGCAGAGUGAUGUGUGGUCAUUUGGUGUGUUGCUCUGGGAGAUCUUUACACUUGGUGGCUCACCGUACCCAGGUGUGCCUGUAGAGGAACUCUUUAAACUCCUAAAGGAAGGCCAUCGCAUGGACCGCCCCUCCACAUGCACCCAUGAACUGUAUAUGAUGAUGAGAGAUUGUUGGCAUGCCGUUCCAUCUCAAAGACCCACUUUUAAACAACUGGUGGAAGAUCUGGACCGCACCCUCUCUGUGACGUCCAAUCAGGAGUAUCUGGACCUGUCUGUAUCCCUGGACCAAUUUUCUCCAAACUUCCCGGACACGCGCAGCUCUACCUGCUCUUCAGGUGAAGACUCUGUGUUCUCCCACGACCCCGGCGCUGAUGAACCCUGCCUGCCCAAAUUCCCCCCACACCCCAACCGCGGAGUGCCGUUUAAGAAGCGCUGAGUUCCCUAACCUUUCACAUCUCCAAUGUGCUAUAGCUGGCUGGACUCGGCUCAUGAACGUUUGGAAAAUGUAAAGCUUUUGCCACCUACGGAGUGAAAGCGCUUGGAGAUUAUGUGAUGUUACGGCUUGGAAGGGAACAAACUGGUCACACGUGGACCCCUCUUACCUGUGGUUGUUGUAAAGCUAUAGGGCACUUGAGUAAAGAGUGGUGCAUUUGUGAAGACAUAUAAAAUUGCCUUGGUAGUAGAGAAAACCUUGGAGUUUUUCGUUUUUUAAACACGGACAUUUCUUUUGUUGCUCAGACCAAAUUCUUAAAACGCGUGAUGUGCCCGAAAUGAAUUUUGCCAACGGGCACACAUCUCACUGACUGACUGAAAGGACACACAACCUUUCUUGUAAAUACAGCUAGAAAUGUAUAAAUAUGAAUAUAUAUUUACACUCUGCCUUUAUUUUUAUUACACUAUUUGAAUUAUGUUGCUUUUUUGUACCAGGAUGCGUAUAUGUAGACAUUAGAUGUGUAGCUUUUUUGAAAGGGACGUUACAAGGUCCACAAGAUUGUAGAUGAAAUUAUAUUAUUAAGAGCUGAUAUAUGGCCAGUUUUGUACGUUUUCUGGAUCAUUGAUGCAUCCUGGCAGAAGUGGCUCAAAACUGCUGCUAUCUCAGAUGGUACCCAGUUAAGCUAUAUGUAUAUAGGCUACCAUUGCUGAAAAGACAACAAAGCCUACUUUAUGGUUGUUCUCUUCGUAUCUCUUAGUGUCAUAAAGAGUCAUUGCUCUUCAUGAUACGGUCUUUGAUGAUGAUCAUAGGAAAAACUUCCAGAUAGGCGCCCAUUCCAGAGAAAAUGUACCUCAGAGAGAAGCUAUAAACGUUUUGGUUUUGCACUGAAAAAUGUACAUUUUGUCAUAAUUUACUUUAAAUAUAAAUAUUUGUGUUUUGCUGAACAUGAAGAUAUUAUGAAAAAUGUUAAUAGCCAAGCAGAUCUGGGAUACCAUUGACUUCCAUAUAAUAUAAUAUCAUGGAAGUGAAUGGUGCCCCAGAUAUAUUAGCUAUUAUCAUUUUUCAAAAUAUCUUAAUUGGAGGGUGAGUAAAUGAUGACAAAAAAUAAUUUUUCGGCAUCUCUUUAAUGUAAUGAAAAGACCUGCAUGUCAUUUAUGUUACUCUAGGAUUGCAUCCAAUAAAAUGCUGUUGAUAAACAAAUCACGAAAAACUUCAUAAACAACCUUGUAAAUAUCUUGCCGACGAGUUUACAACAUAAAUUUGUGUUUACAGUCCGUCGGACCCUCUCAUUUGGCGUGGGUUAGCAGGGGUGAUGAUAUAUCAUAAUGUGCAGCUUACAGUGUAAAUGCCAGGUGAAAGCCGAGCGUGACGAUUAAUGUUUUAUUUAUAGUGGUACGAAUGAUCCUUCUUAGUAAGGUGCUAUGCUACAAAUGCAUGCGACUGAAACCCCUGUUACCAAUGGUGACUGGCUCACAUCCAGUGGCUGAUGCAUCACGUCUUGAUGCGGCCAAGUGAUUCUUUCUGGCCAGAACCGGCUCGCGCUGGUGAAGCCAAGGCUUGAUUUAUAUGGCUGAAGUCUACAGUUGAAGGGUACUGGGUAUACGGCAGUUUCAAUUUAUGACUGUUUGUGAGUGUACAAUGUGUUUAUAGGACAGCUGCGGUAAAUUUUAAUUUGCGGUACAUUGUUAGGUUCUGAGAGAGGUAACGCAGGUCAAACAGAUGGACUACUGAAACAUUUGUCGUAUGUAACACAUGCAUUAUAAUUGGAAAUGCAGUGCAGUUAAGUUAAUCGCAAUAUUUUGGCUCAAAUUCAUCAAUAAAUGUAUCAGCUUUUAUUUUC